AUGGACUAGUAAACAACAAAUGUUAAUUGUAUUCCUGUUCCGUGGGUUGGUCUUUUACUUCCAAACCACGGACCGGAAGUCCUGUGUGUCGCUUAUUGCCGCUGCUUCGACGGAUCUGUGCGCAUCUGAUCGAGCUGGAAUAGGGAAUUGGGAACAUUUGGGCCCUCUCUCCCCCGCUGCACCGUAAGCCUCCGUGUUUCCGUCUCUGCAGCAGUCGCGCUGGCGUCGCGGGGACCGGGCGAAGCGUUCCUGUUAUGACAGCGACGGGAUGACAGCGGUCCAGUCGGAGACGUGUUUGUUUUGCGUGGCGAAAUGAGGCAGGGGGUGGAGAGUCGCCACAGAGACGCUGGGCUCCGGCCAAACAUCGCCGCAUUUUAGCACCACUUCUUCUUCUCCUCCUCCUUUUUCUUCUUCUUCUCCUCCCUUGCAUGCAAGGGCUUCUGCACUGAGUUGCGUCGCUGACCGACCGCUCGUUUUAUUUCUUUCUUUUUUCUUUUUUCUUUUAAAGACAUCUAUCUUUGCAAGGUGCAUGGUGGAAAAUGCAGCUUGUUUGAGGACACCCCCCCUCCACCACCACCACCACCACCUCUCUCUCCCUCUCCUCCACAUAUCCAUCGCUGCCAUGACAGGCAGAGGUCUCCUCCGGAGCUCGGCUCGGUCGCUCGUUGAGCAAGCAGAUUGACUCGGGACGGUGGGGCCUCGCAUCCGCGGAUGUCAUUCUGUCUGUGGAUCCUGUAAACACCGUCCGCGCAAAUACACGGCGAACGUCGUUCGGGAGCUGGGGGGGUGGGGAGAGGAAAAUUAAGAGGGGGCUGGGGGGGAGAGAGAAAGAGAAGGAAAACAUGUCGUCUCGAUCUGCAUUACAGUCUGGAAACGACAGGAGCACCGGAGAACAUCAUGUGCCGCUCGGUGCCAGCCGCGCAGACAAGGCCACGAGCCAGUCCAGCCGCUCUCUGGGCGCCCGGUGCAGGAACUCCAUCGCCUCCUGCUCAGACGAGCAGCCGCACAUCGGCAACUACCGUCUGCUCAAGACCAUCGGCAAGGGAAACUUUGCCAAAGUCAAGCUGGCGCGCCACGUCUUGACAGGCAGGGAGGUCGCAAUAAAAAUCAUUGACAAAACCCAGUUGAACCCAACCAGCCUGCAAAAGCUUUUUCGGGAGGUACGAAUAAUGAAAGGCUUAAAUCACCCUAACAUAGUGAAGCUGUUUGAGGUGAUAGAGACGGAGAAGACCCUUUACCUUGUUAUGGAGUAUGCCAGUGGAGGUGAAGUGUUUGACUACCUCGUGUCACAUGGGCGGAUGAAGGAGGUCGAAGCCAGAGCCAAAUUCCGACAGAUUGUCUCUGCCGUCCACUACUGCCACACCAAGAACAUCGUCCACAGAGAUUUGAAGGCGGAGAACCUUCUGCUGGACGCAGACGCCAACAUCAAGAUCGCUGAUUUCGGCUUCAGCAACGAGUUCACGCUGGGGAACAAGCUGGACACAUUCUGUGGCUCCCCGCCCUACGCCGCACCUGAGCUCUUCCAGGGAAAGAAGUACGACGGGCCUGAAGUGGACGUCUGGAGCCUGGGAGUCAUCCUUUACACGCUGGUCAGCGGAUCUCUGCCGUUCGACGGCCAGAAUCUAAAGGAGCUGAGAGAGCGCGUGCUGAGGGGAAAGUAUCGCGUGCCCUUUUACAUGUCAACCGACUGCGAGGGCAUCCUUCGCCGAUUUCUGGUGCUGAACCCCGCCAAGCGCUGCACGCUCGAGCAAGUCAUGAAGGACAAAUGGAUAAAUACAGGGUACGAGGGGGACGACCUGAAGCCCCACAUAGAGCCCGUGGAGGACUACAGCGACCCGACUCGCAUAGAGGUGAUGGUCGGGAUGGGCUUCACCCCUGAAGAAAUCAAAGACGCUCUCCUGAAUCAGAAGUACAACGAGGUCACCGCCACCUACCUGCUGCUGGGUCGGAAAGGCGACGAAAGCAGUGAUGCUCGCAGUGCUAGUACGCUGUCUCUGGCGAGGGUCCGACCCAGCCCCAUAACCAACGGGACAAACAAGCACUCAUCAGCCACUGGCUCCUCUUCCUCCUCCACCUCUUCCUCCCACAGCAAGUCGCAGCGCAGUGCCUCCACCUACCACCGACAACGGCGACACAGUGAUUUCUUCCUCCACAACAAAGGCGGGCCUUCCAUGCCCGUCAUGCACCCCAAGCGGAGCCCAACCAGCACUGGGGACCGGGAGCUGCGGGAGGGCCGGAUGCCUUCGCGUAAAGCCAGCUGCAGCGUCAUGGGGAGCCACAGCCUUCCUCCCUCCAGCCCGAUGGUCAGCAGUGCCAACAACCCCAAUAAGUCUGAAAUCCCAGACCGCCGCAAAGACAUGACUGCCACCACGAAUAACAUCCCGGGAAGCACCAUGACACGCCGGAAUACAUACGUGUGCACAGACCGCUCAGGUGCUGACAGACACUCUCUUCUGCAGAAUGGCAAAGAAAACAGCUCUCUGGGCCACCGCAUGCCCACAGCGUCCCCCUCCACGCUCAGCAUGGCCGGAGCCGGCGCAGCUUCCUCCUCUUCCUCAUCGGACAGAUGCCGCCUGACACGAGGAUCCACAAUCCGCAGCACCUUCCACGGGGGUCAGCUGAGGGACCGCGGCCCACCAGUCUACUCCGCCCCGCCCACAUCGCCCACCCUGUCCCACCACGAUGCCAGCCCGCUGCCCCAUGCACGCACCAGAGCGACCUCCAACCUCUUCACCAAGCUGACCUCCAAACUCACUCGCAGGGUCACAAAUGAAUCUGAGGGAAUCAGGAGAUUUGCGGUCACAAGUUGCCAUCUACCUGGGUAUCAAAAAGCGUCCGAGCCCCGGGCCGUCGGACGUGGCUGGAAUCUGAGAGGCGGUGGGCGGCGGGACCCUGCGGAGGUGGUACUGGCUCUGCGGGAGGCAGCGCUCGGAUGUGGCUGCCAGGUCCACCAUUCCGGCCCCUUUCUGCUCUCCUGCACCCACGGCGUGGCAGGGGGCCGCGUGGCUUUUGAGGCCGAGGUGUGCCAUCUAUCCACUGGCACCUCCGAGACUUCUAACGGGGUACGCUACACGCGACUCUGGGGGGCACCGCUAGCUUUUCGGGACAUCGCUACCCAAAUCUCGAAGGACCUUGAACUUUGAGCCAGAGGGAGUGUUUGCAUCGAGAGUGUGUUUUUGUGCGUUUAUGUGUGUGCGCCAAGUGAAUUGAAGCAGGGGCAUGGAGACCGGGGGGGGAG